GUGUUGUCGCUUUUGUGUAUGUAGUGACUGCUAGCUUAAUAACUAUCGAGAAGCGUACGAAUUAUUUGUUUUAAAAACGCAUGUUAUUCUGGCCGUUUGAAAGUAAACACGGUGCCAAAAUGUUUACUCGGAGAUAGCUGACGGCCGUCUCUUUUCUACCCCACCGUCGGGCUGCAUGUGUGGAGCUUAGCAGCCAGCCAAGAUGGACACCGCAGAAGAAGCAGACAUUUGUCGAGUGUGUCGCUCGGAGGGCACCCAGGAAAAGCCUCUCUACCACCCUUGUGUUUGCACUGGCAGCAUUAAGUUUAUCCAUCAGGAAUGCCUACUGCAGUGGCUGAAACACAGUCGGAAAGAAUACUGUGAAUUAUGCAAACACAGGUUUGCAUUUACACCAAUCUAUUCUCCAGACAUGCCGUCCCAUCUACCUGUCCAAGAUAUCUUUGCAGGGCUGGUCACCAGUAUCGGGACGGCCAUCAGAUACUGGUUCCACUACACUCUGGUGGCCUUUGCCUGGCUGGGUGUUGUGCCUCUCACCGCAUGUCGCAUCUACAAGUGUUUGUUUACCGGCUCCGUGAGCUCGCUUCUUACCCUGCCAUUAGAUAUGCUUUCCACGCAAAACCUGCUUGCCGACUGCCUCCAGGGCUGUUUCGUGGUCACCUGCACGCUGUGUGCCUUUAUCAGCCUGGUGUGGCUUAGAGAGCAGAUUGUCCACGGUGGAGCCCCACAGUGGCUGGAGCCGAAUCAACCCCCUCUGGUUCCAAACCAGCCCAACCGUCCCGCACAAGCUAACGAGAAUCCGGCUGAUAAUGCCGCAGCAGCCGAUGUCCCGGCUGCCGCAGAAGAGGCAGGGCGCCCCGGAGAGCACGGCCCCGACGAGCCGGACCGGGCCAAUCAGCAGGAAGCCGGCGACGAAGCGGAACUGGACGACAACGAUAGAGAGGACGAGGAUGAUGACGGGGAAGAAGAUGAAGAGGAAGACGAGGAAGAGGGGAGGGAGGAGGACGCCGCUGAUGCCAACAAUGCAGGGCAAGAUUUGAACUGGAAUGCCCUGGAAUGGGACCGAGCAGCAGAGGAGCUGACCUGGGAAAGGAUGCUUGGACUAGAUGGUUCCCUUGUUUUCUUGGAACACGUCUUCUGGGUGGUGUCUCUCAACACACUCUUCAUCUUGGUGUUUGCUUUCUGCCCAUACCACAUUGGCCAUUUCUCAGUUGUCGGGCUGGGCUUUGAAGACUAUGUCAAAGCCUCACAUUUCGACGGCCUCAUCACCACAGUAGUGGGGUACAUCCUCCUGGCUGCUGCUCUUGUAGUCUGCCAUGCUUUGGCUUCCCUCUUCAAGUUCCAGCGGCCCAGGCGACUGCUGGGUGUCUGCUACAUUGUUGUCAAGGUUUCCCUUCUGGUUGUCAUGGAGAUCGGCUUGUUCCCUCUCAUUUGCGGCUGGUGGCUCGACAUUUGUUCACUGGAAAUGUUUGAUGCGACGCUGAAGGACAGAGAGCAGAGUUUCGACUCCGCUCCAGGGACAACAAUGUUCCUCCACUGGCUGGUCGGCAUGGUGUACGUCUUUUACUUCGCUUCCUUCAUCCUUCUGCUCAGAGAGGUUCUUCGCCCAGGUGUGCUGUGGUUCCUGCGGAACCUGAACGACCCAGACUUCAACCCAGUGCAGGAGAUGAUUCACCUCCCAAUCUACAGGCACCUCCGGAGAUUCACACUAUCAGUGGUUGUGUUCGGCUCCAUCGUCCUGCUGAUGCUGUGGCUUCCAAUCAGGAUCAUUAAGCUGCUCUCCCCUGCCUUCCUUCCCUACAACGUCAUGCUGUACAGUGAAUUGGAGACUUGGUGGGUGUGUGGCUUCCACAGUGAUGCGCCGGUCAGCGAGCUGUCGCUGGAGCUGCUGCUGCUUCAGGUCGUCCUGCCCGCCUUACUGGAGCAGGGUCACACCCGGCAGUGGCUCAAACGUCUCGUCCACGCCUGGACCUUCACGGCUGGAUAUGUGCUUGACCUUCACUCGUACCUCCUGGGGGACCACGAAGACAACACCAACCAACCAAACAACGUGCCCAAUCGAUUGAACAACAACCGCAACCCAGGGCUUGUGGAGGGGCUUCACGCCGCCCACCAAGCCAUCCUGCAGCGGGUCGGUCCUCUGGCGGUCCAGCCCUACCACCGACCCCCCCACUUCCUCCUCAAGAUUGUUCUGCUGGUGGUCUUCAUGUGCGUGACUCUUUUACUCGCGAGUCUAAUCUGUCUUACACUUCCAGUGUGCGUGGGUCGCUGGCUCAUGUCUCUGUGGAUGGGCAGCGCAGUGGUCCAUGAGCUGUACACGACAGCCAGCGGCCUGUACGUCUGCUGGGUGUCCGUCCGCGCCGCCACCGUGCUGCUGUCCUGGAUGCCGCAGGGCAGGAUGGUCAUCAUGGUCAAAGUUCAAGAGUGGACGCUCAUGAUCUUUAAGACGGUGGUGGUAGCCGUGAUGUUAGCCGGGGUCAUCCCUCUGCUGCUGGGCCUGCUGUUUGACCUGGUCGUCGUCGCUCCUCUCAGAGUCCCAAUGGACCAGACGCCUCUCUUCUACCCUUGGCAGGACUGGGCCCUGGGAGUCCUUCAUGCAAAAAUCAUCGCUGCCAUAACACUGAUGGGCCCCCAGUGGCGGCUCAAAGCGGUCAUAGAGCAGGUAUACGCCAACGGCAUCAGAAACAUCGACCUUCACUUCAUCGUGCGGCGGUUGGCCGCCCCCGUCAUUUGCCUCCUGCUGCUGUUGCUCUGUGUUCCCUACACCAUAUCUAGAGGCCUCACACCGCUGCUGGGAGUGCAGCCAAAGAUGCAGAUACUAGUGGAGAGGAAGAUCUAUCCGUUUCUGCUGAUGGUGGUCGUACUGCUGGCCUUUCUGUCCUUUCAGAUUCGCCAGUUCAAGCGACUUUACGAACACAUCAAAAACGACAAAUACCUGGUAGGACAGCGACUGGUGAACUACGAGCGGAAGACGGGCCGGAGCUCCUCCAGCCCUCACACCACCUCCUCAUAAGUCUGACACUGCGGCAGCUCCUCACCUCCUGUCCUCAAACACUGCAUAUAAAACCUCUGACUGCAGCCUCAUCCCUUUCUUCUCCAGAAUUCUCCCACAGUAGAGGUCGGGGAAGCAAAGCCGACAAGAAGCGAAGGCAAAAACUCUGCCUCAUAAGUGUUCAUGUGAGGUUGAAAGAAUCGAAACAAAGUCUUUAAUCUUGUUUAGCGCUCAGUUUGAGUCAAACUUUGUGGGAUUACAAAAUCCACUCGCUGGUCCUUCCAUUGUAGUCGUCUCCUCAGGUGUUUUUUUUUUUUUUGGGGGGGGUAUUUCCUGGACGUUUGCUACGAAAUUAAGGUCAGAUGAGCAUAGCUUUUACCUCAGAUUGAGCUUCCUUUGAACAUAUUGUAGAAUAAACGUGUGCACCGUUUUAUAUAUAUAUAUAUAUAUAUAUAUAUAUAUAUAUAUAUAUAUAUAUAUAUAUAUAUAUAUUUUCUUAGAGCUGUGAAGGAGAUGUUUGGACUUAAGUUGGUGUACUUUGGUACUCAGAGGAUCUUUAAGGUAAGGAUGGAGUUGGAAACUGAUCGGUCGAUAAUAAGACAACCCUCAGAGAGAGGGAGUACGGGGGAGUUGUAACAAAAAAAUGUGAAGAACAUGUUUUUAUUUUUCUGAUGUCACUGAGUUUUAGCGGUAGGCAUCUUCAUAGUUUUUUAGACAUUUUAAAACUGAAUCCUUUUAGAUGUGGGCAAAAACAGAGGACAGAGGCAGCCUUCUGUCUUACGUCUUCUAGGCUAAGCCCAAAAACAUUUGAUUACCUAACAGUUUGAGACAUAAAGCAUCCUUUCCAGUACUCGGAAAAAAAGUUGACCUUCUUAACACAGAAUUUGCACUGAGUUCAGCUCGUCAUCCUACUUUACUCUGUGAAGAAUACUUUGGAAAAUGCUAAAACUAAACCAGCCUGGAAACCCUCAAAAGACAACAGUUUAAAAAAAAAACAGUCUAGACAACGCUCUGAGAAUGUUUGUCUCAGAGGUCAAAAACAACUCUGUUCCACUCAGCUGCUGUUAGUUCUUCAUUUUUACUAGACGCUUAUUUGAAUGUUUUGUUAGUCAUUUGUUAGCUUUACUAAUUUGAACAGGUGCGUAAAAUCCGCAUUUUAUCCCAGUAAAAUUGGAAACCUGUGGCCGUCAUGUGACGAAAAACAAUGUGAAAAGUUCAGUAAAACUGAGCUGCUCUGCUCAUCUUUCAGUAAACAGUGACUGGAUCGAGAGCUGCGCAACUGAACUACGUCAAGCGUGCAAAUUACAGCUCCCAGCUUUACCGUGCAGUUCUUUGUGGGUCCAUAAAGUUUGUACAGUAAAGCUGGGAAGUGAUCAGUGAGCUCCAGAGUUUUCUUGGACAGAAAGUUGUUAACUGCUUAGAGUUUUUUUUCCCCCUGAUGUUCCCUUCAGAUGUGGGUCUUUGGUGGACGAUUUGUAAGGUCAUGCUUAUGACGGGAGAUCCAUCUGGGAAUUCCCUGGGUCAGUUCUUUGGCCUUAUGUUUUUUUGUUUAAUCCAACUGGCAUAACGUAAGCUACACAUGUCUUCAUAACAGCAACAUAGCAAGAAAUCAGAGAUAGCUGCUCCCCAGUGGGCGGUCUAUUGGUCAAACAGGCCAAACCUCAUGCAAAGGGCAGCUAAACACUUUUAUAUUCUUGUGUACGCGCGUGGUCAUAUUUCACAUAAAGUGAUCCACGCGCAUCUGUAAACCUAUGAAUCAGCCGCAACAACAAAACACGGUCCUGAGAUAAUCACUGAUACCUGCAUGGCAGUUUUGUGUUUUCUUUAAGUGUAUAAUUUUAUUAAGAUUAUGUGGUUUUCAUUUCAAACGUGUGAAUAUGAAAUCGAACUGGAUGUCA